CGCCCUCACAUGACAUCACCCGGGACAAACCAGGAAACAGUUUGUUCCUGUUCAGUUCUUAGAGAGAAGAGACGCAGCAACAGACAGACGCUUCAGAGACAAAAUGGCUUCUAAAUCAGAGGAGGAACUCUGCUGUCCGGUCUGUCAUGAGGUCUUCAGAGAUCCUGUUGUUCUGUUAUGUAGCCACAGCUUCUGUAAAGUCUGUCUGGAGAGCUGGUGGAGACAGAAACAAGCACCUGAGUGUCCAAUAUGUAAGACAAUGUCUCCAAUGGAAGAACCACCUUGUAACCUGGUGUUGAAGAACCUGUGUGACGCCGUCUUACAGGAGAGAGAUCAGAGAGCUUCAGAGGCUCUCUGCAGUCUGCACUCUGAGAAACUCAAAGUCUUCUGUCUGGACCAUCAGCAGCCAGUGUGUCUCGUCUGCAGUGUUUCAGAAAAACACAGCAACCACAGAUUCAGACCCGUCGAUGAAGCUGCACGACAACACAAGAAGGAACUUCAGGAAACUCUGGAGCCCUUAAAGGAGAAGUUAAAGGUUUGUGAACAAGUUAAAGUAAAGUGUGAUCAAACAGCAGAACACAUGAAGGUCCAGGCCCGACACACAGAGAGGCAGAUUAAGGAGCAGUUCAAGAAGCUUCACCAGUUUCUAGAGGAGGAAGAGGAGGCCAGGAUGGCUGCACUGAGGGAGGAAGAGGAGCAGAAGAGUCAGAUGAUGAAGGAGAAGAUGGAGGCUCUGAGCAGAGAGAUAGCAGCUCUUUCAGACACAGUCAGAGCCACAGAGGAGGAGCUGAGAGCUGAAGACGUCUCAUUCCUGCUCAACUACAAGGCUGCAGUGGAAAGAGUCCAGCAGCGCCCCCUGCUGGAUGAUCCACAGCUGCCCUCAGGAGCUCUGAUAGACCAGGCCAAACACCUGGGCAACCUGACCUUCAACAUCUGGAGCAAGAUGAAGGACAUGGUCUCCUACACUCCUCUCAUUCUGGACCCAAACACUGCUGGUUCAGGACUCAUCCUGUCUGAAGAUCUGACCAGUGUGAGACCAGGAGAGAGACAGCAGCUUCCUGACAAUCCAGAGAGGUUUGAUUACUGCUCUGUCCUGGGCUCUGAGGGCUUUAACUCAGGGACUCACAGCUGGGAUGUCGAGGUUGGAGACAAUAUACUCUGGAGACUGGGAGUGUUAGCAGAGUCUGUCCAGAGAAAAGGAAGCAUAGGGUCUGGAUUAUGGAGAAUAGAGUUCUAUGAAGAUACAUACUCAGCAUGGUCACCACCAGCUCCACCUUCUGUUAUCAGCGUGCAGAAGAAGCUCCAGAGGAUCAGGGUGAAUCUGGACUGGAACAGAGGAAAGCUGUCGUUCUCUGAUCCUGAUACUAACACAAACAUACACACCUUCACACACACUUUCACUGAGAGGCUGUUUCCAUUGAUUUACACUGGUGAUGAGCUGAUGAAGAUCUCACCUCUGAAGGUCUGUGUGACAGUGGAACAGAGCAGUUAGAGAUAAAGAGGAUGAUUAUAUUCAUGAUGUUGUUGAUUUCUUAAAGGGAAAAGUCUCUGAAUUUAACCUGUUUAGUUGCACCUGUCCUCCUGCUGUCUCAUUAUUCCAAACACAUCUUUAUUUUCUUUCACUUCUUGUUUUUUAUUGGUUGUAUUUUCUUUUUCUUGUUAUUUAGUUUGACAAUCAGCUUUUAGUUUCUGCUGUCGGCCUUUUGAUAUUUUAUUAUCAUAAAAUGAUUUCACUGGGUUUAUUUAUGUUUGGUUGCUUUAGCCGUUUCUAUUUUAUCCACACACUGUCAUUUUAAAAAAUUGUUCAUGUUUAAUUAUUUUGACUUGUGUGUGUGGAGCCAUGAAGACCAGCAGCCACUUUGUGGAUCCAAAUAAAGAAACAAGAAUCCAUUCAUUAAUAACUGCAUGUUUAAGCGGCCGAUCAUUGUUCAGAUCCCACACAGUCUACUUAUUAUUAAUGAUAUUAUUAUAAAGCAGUUUGUAAAUGCAGGUUUAACAGAUUGUAACAACACCCAAAAUGUUUUAAUGAAAAUUAAAACUUUUUUUAA